AUGGCCAAAAGAAAUAGACACAGAGACAGAGCACUGCUAAAGGCAGACGAAGACAGCGUAUACGGAAUCAUCCUACAGUCAUUGGGCCACAAUAAGUUCAAAGUCUAUUGUUCAGAUGCAUUGACUAGAAUUGCUUCAAUACGUGGAUCAAUGAUUAAGAGAGUUUGGAUGCAGGAGAAAGACAUCGUGCUAUGUGCAUUGCGAGAAGGAGACUCGAAGUUCUGUGACAUCGAGCUUAAAUACACGGACGAAGAGAUAAAGGCACUGAAGGAGGCUGGAUAUCUCACUGACUCUCUUCUGAAUGCUGAAAUGGGUGGGGAUGAGGUCACAAGCAAAGUGGACUUCAGCAACUUAUAG